UACGGGCUCAGUUGGAGUUUGGACUCUUUGGAGCGACGAUCUAUGUUCUGUCCUAUUCGAAGACAUCUUCGUCUCACUGCUACCUGCUCCCAUUUCUCUUUGUUUCUCAAGCAGUCCCAUCGUUUCAUGACAGCAAGGUUUGCAACAAUUUUAGCUUGUUUGCUAACUGCGAUGGGGAUGCAAAGUGAUUAAAAUUAUCCAAAUGAUUAAAGUUGCGAGUGCGCCACUGGCAUUAAAUUAUAAUUAUUGCAAGUAUCGCGAUAUGUCUCAUUCUCCUCAAGUGACACCUUGGACUUAUUAAUGUUUAACGCCCAUUUUGUUAAUGAGAUUCGCUGUGUGUGUUGUUGGUUAAUGUGUUGGAGAAGAUUGGAGGAUUCGAGCAUGCCUUGUUGCAGCACUUGAACUCUAAGUUUUGACUCGGUUUUUAGAGGAUGAUUGAUUGACAAAAGUCCAAUUUGGGAUUCUGAAAUUUAUGAUGUUCCAAGUGUGCGAGUGAAAAUUAUUGAGAUUGGGAACCGAAAGUGAUUUAUGGAUUACGCACUUUUACAAGUACAGCGUGUGUGUGUGUGCUGAAUUCACUAACUUGUUCACAAAUGUUACUCGGGUGCAUUAGCCAAGGUACACAACAAGUAGACAUUAAUUUAUUCCACUGAAUCAUUAGUCACUACGAGAGGAGUUGCGGUGCAGGAGGAAUUUUCAGUGGUUCAUUUUGUGUAAAACAUUGACUCUAAUGAGCAGCAAAUUCUUGUGGAAAGAAGGACUCGCGAUUUCCUAUCACUUGCUAAGCGUUCCGAAAAUCGUUCAGUGAUUUACGCAAACGAUUUUUCAGUUCACGGAAGGAUCCCACGAGACCCAGAUCGCGUCCAGGGACAGAGGACAGUUGAAGAGUUCCCCUUCUAGAGACUUAACAAUUUUGUCAAAGGUUGAAGCCUUGGCGGAUGCGGAUUCACUACCUCGUGAAAAAUUAUUUAUUGCCAUCGUUCAAAAUGAAACCCACGUGGAGUAAGCGAUCAACCGCAACUUCCGAUAUUAUUUUAUGGGCCUUCCUGCAUCUCUACUGCCACUUAUCCCUUGUCGAAGGCCUGGAUUUGUCCCAAUGUAAUAUGCCCCUCGGAAUGGAGUCGAAUGAACUUCCUGACGAGGAUUUGUCAGCUUCUUCAAGUUUUGAACCAGGCACGGUGGGGCCUCAGAACGGACGGCUAAAUCAAGACCGACUUGGAGGUGCGUGGUGUCCCAAGAGCCAGGUAACCUCUGAGUACCAAGAGUGGCUGCAGAUCGAGUUACACACGGUGCAUGUAAUAACUGCUACCGAGACGCAGGGGAGAUUUGGGAACGGACAGGGGGCAGAGUUUGCUGAAGCCUACGUGAUAAGCUACUGGAGACCAGAAUUAAAUAAAUGGGUCAGAUACAGAGAUCACACCGGAAAUGAGAUAAUCAAAGGAAAUAUUAACACAUAUCUUCCAUCGAAAACGGAGAUGAAUCCACCGAUAAUUGCUUCGAAAAUCCGCAUUCUUCCAUAUUCCUACCACAGACGGACGGUUUGCAUGAGAGUUGAGAUCUAUGGUUGCGCGUUUAGAGGUGGUCUUUUGAGCUAUUCCACGAUCCAAGGAAGUAAAAGAGGAGAAAAUUGGAAUCUGUUCGACUACACUUACGAUGGUGUGUGGGAGGGUCAAAACUUAUCGUCUGGUUUAGGACAACUAACCGACGGGCGGAUUGGCCCCAACAAUUUUAAAGACGAUUAUUACGGCCAUGAAAGAGGGAAAGGCUGGGUAGGAUGGAAGAAUGAGACGAGAGAGACCAAAAAUGAAACCAGCCCCGUGGAAAUUUUAUUUAAAUUCGACUCGGUCAGAGAAUUCUCUCAUGUUCACAUACAUUCUUCAAAUCAAUUCUCCAAGGACGUCAGUGUGUUUUCUGAGGCGAGGCUCUUCUUCAGCAUUGGGGGCAAGUUUUUCGGAAGAGAGCCGAUUAUUAUCCAGACAAAAGAAGAUUGCAUUUUUGAGGACCCUAAAAACAUCACGAUUAAACUGCACCAUCGUGUUGGUCAAUAUGUGAAACUUCAGCUAUUUUGGCAGUCUAAAUGGUUGCUCAUAAGCGAAAUUACUUUCGACUCGCAACCGGCCAUGGGCAACUUCACAGAGGAAAUGGCCUUGCCUCCCCCAACCAUGAUUCACCCUCCUUCACAAGAAGUGGGAUCCUCAAUCGCCCAAAGUGAUGCAUCUGAAUCCAUUUCCCACAAUCGAAUUCACACAUCGAAUAAAAAUCCAAUAUCUGGACCACACCCACCACUCCUGCCACCCAGCAUCAUUUCUUCAGAGGAAUGGACUUCUGCCACCAUUGUGCUCACUGCAGUCAUCAGUUCAUUCAUCGCCAUCAUUCUUGUCCUGUUGCUCAUCCUCACCGCACUUUUAUUCCGACACAAGCUUGUGGCUCAAGGGAAAAUUCCUCCAGGAUGUCAUAACGGAACGCUGGCAUCCCCUCCACACUACGAAAACCAUAAUCGCCAUCACUUGGACUUUGGCAUUGGCUACACCGCACCUGAGGACAUUGUCCACAAAUCUAAAGGAUCGUCUGGAGGGGAAUAUGAGGAACCUUUCGUGGAUCCCCAAUUUUCUAGUUUUGUUUUAGAAUCGAACGGACUUAUUGCAACUUCCUUGGGGAAUUCGAAUAAUGGGUCGAAUGGGAAGAUGGCAGAGUACUACAGCUGCACACUUGUUUCAAAUCCUCUGAGCCGAGGGAAUCAGAAUGAUUCUGGGAACGAGUAUGAGUAUGCUGAGCUGGGAAAACUAUUACCAACUAAUCAAUUAAGCCCAAUGAAAUCUAUCUCAAACUCACCAGCAGCAGUAAAUCGUUGUGCCCAGCCGAGAGUGAAUCUUCAGCUCAAAUUCCGUGAACUGGGCGUGUUGGAACUUCCCAAACGAAACCUCCGAAUGUUGAGGAAACUGGGGGAUGGGGUUUUCGGAACUGUUUUUAUCGGGGAACUGGAACAUGGCUCCAAGGGGGAUAAAAAUCUAGUUGCUGUGAAGCACCUCUUGAGGAAUGCUACUGAUAAAGACAAAUUGGACUUUGUCGAGGAAGUUCGUUUACUCUCAACUCUUCAUGACCCCAACGUCGCAAGUGUGCUGGGUGUUGUAUGUUCCGAGGGUGACCUGUACAGCGUGGUUUUGGAAUUUCUUGAAUUGGGGGAUUUGUGUCAGUUCCUUAAGCAAAACGAUUCGAUGAGAUCUGGUUCUAAUAAAAAACUGAGUUUAAACAGUUUGCUACACAUCGCAAGCCAGAUUGCGAGUGGAAUGAAGUUUCUGGAAAUCCGCAACAUUGUUCACCGAGAUUUGGCUGCCCGAAAUUGUGUCGUAGGACGUGGUUUGCUGGUGAAAAUUUCUCACUUUGCAACAGAUACCGACCAAUAUUCACAAGAUUAUUACAAACUUGAUGGGAAAAUGCCUUUGCCGAUAAGAUGGAUGGCAUGGGAGUCUCUCUUUAUGGGUAAAUAUUCGAGCAAGAGUGACGUGUGGUCAUAUGGGGCGACGCUGUUUGAAAUAUUUUCCUUUUGUCGCCAUCCACCUUAUGGGAAUAUGAACGAACAAGAAGUUCUCCAUAAUCUGAGACGGCUAUCAAUUGACGACCCCUCGGACCCUUUCCAACCACCAAGUCGACCGCAUGCCUGUCCACGAGAUGUGUAUCAGCUCAUGUGUGAUAUGUGGCGAAGGGAGGAUGACGAUCGUCCAUCGUUUAGAGACCUUCAUGUCUUUCUUACGAGAAAAAACAUUAAUUUUGUCCCAUCCCAGCCAAACUUUAAUGCCAACUCUACACUUGGCUCCACUACGUCUUCUUAUGUUGAACAUUAUAUUGUAUAAAUAUUAGAUUUUGUUAAACUGUACUCGUACUAAUUUUUAAUAUGGAAUUUAAUUCCUUUGUCAGUGUGUGGAAAUCUUUAACGAAAGUAUUUAAGGAAGACUGACUAAGCAUCAAUAUGUACUUUUUGCAACUUUGUCUCAAAAUACUCCAGUCUCGCUAUUCAAAUACGAAAGCAUAUAAAUUGAUUUGUGCUUUUAUUUAUGAAACUACAUUAUUGUAAGUAAUAGGAUUCAUAAAGUUACCGGACAGUAUUACGUAAUUUUGUAAGAAAUUAAAUUAAUAAACACUCGGUUUUUACAAUGA